AUGCUGAGCCACAAGAUCAAAAUUCUUGCCGUAUAUACUCGUACAAUAGAAGAGAGCGCUAACAGUACCUUUCUUAGUAUCCCUACUCCCGCGACUUUUUAUCCGGCCGCCAACCAUGGCGUAUGCUCGCGCUUCAUGAGAAGUACGGGCCAGCAGUUCGCGUAUCUCCCAAUGAAGUCUCAUUUGCCUCCGCCCAAUCAUGGCAUGAUAUCUACGCUCCACGAAAGGGUGGGGAAUUCCUCAAGAGCAACUGGUACGAAAAUGGUUCCUUCGGCGGCCAUGCGAUUGUGAGUGUGCGCGAUCCGGUAGAACAUGCACAGAUGAGAAAGUAUCUUAGUCGUGCGUUCUCAGAGGCUAGUUUGAGAGACCAGGAGGAUAUGAUUACCGAUCUUAUUGCAAAAUACAUUGACGGCGUGGGUAAGACUGCCAAAGCAGAGGGUGUUGUGAAUUUGACUGAUUGGCACAAUUUCUUGACCUUUGACAUUAUUGGGUUAUUAGCUUUUGGAAAAUCAUUUGGUGGUGUCGAAUCUGGCAGGUUGGGUCCUACCUACUCCGCUAGAUUAUCUUUAUUCUCGCAGGCAUGUCUACAAACGCUUGAUUUACUAAUACGCUAUCUAAUUAGGCAAAGAACAUUUUUGGUUAUCAGAUGGUAAAGCAGCCUCACUCCUUUGCCUUCCCCCGGACACAGCUAACAGCUUCUAGUUGUGGGCAGCAUAGCACACGCAAAUGUAAUGGACACGCUAAAACGAUUUCCCUGGCUUGGAGCCGUGUAUCUAGCUUUCAAUCAAGGCUGGUUAAAAGGGAUUGCACGAGUUGCUGAUAGACAUAUGAGCUAUACGAAAAAGGUUAUAGAGGAGUGAGUUUCUAGCCCGCCUUGAUAUUUUAAGAAUACUUUCUCUGAGCAACCCAUCUUCUCUUCAGUCGUAUCAGCGAAAAGACCGACCGCAAAGACUUCAUGCACUACCUUCUUCGCGACCACCCCCAGGACGAUGACAGCGAAAGUUUCCAUAUGCAGAUGUCAGGUCACGCAGCAGACUUGGUCGUGGCUGGCUCCGAAACUACCGCUACUACACUUAGUGUUGUUGUGCACUAUCUCCUGGAAAAACCGGCUAUCUUCAAGACCGUCACUGAGGAAAUUCAUGGUAGUUUCGAAAAAGAAGAAGAUAUCAAUGCUACUACUGCCGCACCUCUCAAGUAUCUUCACGCAGUCUGCCUAGAGGCACUGCGAAUCUUCCCCCCUCUACCAAUCGGUCCACCCCGGGAUGCACCUCCAGAAGGUGCGGUGGUAGAUGGAGUCAGCAUUCCUGGAGGGACUCUUGUUUCCACAAACCCAUGUGCCGCAUCCAUGUUUUCCAAAAACUUCCAUAACCCAUCUGAAUUCAUCCCCGAGCGCUGGCUGGGAGAGAACAAGGACGAUAUUCUGGAAGCCACUCAGCCCUUUAGCCUUGGAAAACGAGGUUGCAUAGGACGCAAUAUGGCCUGGUUGGAGCUACAUAUUACGUUGGCCCGGCUGAUCUUUAGGUAUGAGAUCGAAAGAGAAGGGCAGUUAGACUGGAUUGAGGCGACUCCGAUGCUUUUGUUUUGGCAGAAGCCUAACUUGAUGGUUAGAGUGAAGGAAAGAAUUAGAAAGUGA